GGGGCUGCCCAGCUGAUAAAGCCGCUGACUCCUUGACUUCGAGACUUUGCUUCCUAACCCCAGUGACACUAGAUUUGGAGUGCUUCCGGCCGGAGGCCAUUAGAUGGGACACCCGGAAGGCGGAAGUCCUAGGGCGGAAGUGGCCGAGAGGAGAGAAGAAUGGCGACGGAAGGCUGGAUUUGGCGCUGGGGCUGGGGCCGGCGGUUCCCGGGGAGGUCUGGGCUUCCCGGUCCCGGCCCUGGCCCCACUAUUGCUCUAUUUCUUUUUCUGUUGCUGGGGUCAGUGGUGGCAGAUAUAACUGACGGCAACAGUGAACACCUCAAGCGGGAGCAUUCGCUCAUCAAGCCCUAUCAAGGGGUCGGUUCCAGCUUCAUGCCCCUCUGGGACUUCCAAGGCAGCACUAUGCUCACGAGCCAGUACGUGCGUCUGACCCCCGACGAGCGCAGCAAAGAGGGCUCUAUCUGGAACCACCAGCCUUGCUUCCUCAAGGACUGGGAAAUGCAUGUCCACUUCAAAGUCCACGGCACGGGGAAGAAGAAUCUCCAUGGAGAUGGCAUCGCCUUGUGGUAUACCCGGGACCGCCUUGUGCCAGGGCCUGUGUUUGGAAGCAAAGACAACUUCCAUGGCUUAGCCAUCUUCCUGGACACGUAUCCCAAUGAUGACACCACUGAGCGCGUGUUCCCGUACAUCUCGGUGAUGGUGAACAAUGGCUCCCUGUCCUACGACCAUAGCAAGGAUGGGCGUUGGACUGAACUGGCGGGCUGCACAGCUGACUUCCGCAACCGGGAUCAUGAUACCUUCCUGGCUGUGCGCUACUCCCGGGGCCGGCUGACGGUGAUGACGGACUUGGAGGACAAGAAUGAGUGGAAGAAUUGCAUUGACAUCACGGGAGUGCGCCUGCCCACCGGCUACUACUUUGGAGCUUCAGCUGGCACCGGGGACCUGUCGGACAAUCAUGACAUCAUCUCCAUAAAGCUGUUCCAGCUGAUGGUAGAGCACACGCCUGACGAGGAGAACAUUGACUGGACCAAGAUUGAGCCCAGCGUCAAUUUCCUCAAGUCCCCCAAAGACAACGUGGAUGACCCCACAGGGAACUUCCGCAGCGGGCCCCUGACGGGGUGGAGGGUGUUCCUGCUGCUGCUGUGUGCACUCCUGGGCAUCAUCGUCUGUGCCGUGGUGGGGGCUGUGGUGUUUCAGAAGCGGCAGGAGCGGAACAAGCGUUUCUACUGAGCAGAAGGCACCUGGCUGGGGAAGGGCCUAACCUGGGCCCAGGCACUAAUGUGAACUUUUUUUUACAAGAUUGUAAAAGAAAAACAAGAUGACCUUAUUUCUUAACCGUUUCAAAGAAAUGAUUAAAGUAUUUUCGUACAUUUUGCUUCUUGCCCAGCAGGGACAGGUGCUAGGGCUUGGGGGAGAGGGUUUGGCCUCCCGACAGCUGAAGAUGGAGGCUUUCGGCCCCAGGCUGGCAUCGCAGGAGCAGGGGUGUCUGUAUUGAGAGCUGGGCCAAGCCCCCGUGGCUGGCUUUAGUACACUGGAGGACCCCCCAGACCGCACUGGGGUGGGCUCCUGCGGACAUGGAGCAGUGAUUUUGUUCUGCAGUGUGUGGUGUGUGUGGCGGCAGACAGUUGGGGACCUGGGCCUCCCUGUUCACCCCAGAACUUCUUCCCAAGGCAGACCCUGAAGUGAGGCUGGAGGAGCACUUCACUGGGGCCCAGAGUAUGACUGUUUGCUAAAUAAAGUGACAACCAACUUCA